UGCAGCCGGCUACACUUCAGAGCGCUCGGAGGAAGCCCCCGGCAGGCAGGGUGUGUCGCGGGCCUGGAGAGGGCGGGCCGGCUCCUGUGCCAGCUCGGUGCGUUACUCAGAAGUAUAAAUCCCGCCGGAGCCGGCGCGCGGCGGCACUCACGUGUGUGCAGACCCGGUGAGGUCCCCUGCUGCACAGGCACCUGUCGUGUGAGUAGCUCGGGGCGUGGCUGCUCCUCGGACGCUCGGUUCCAGUGCUGUUUCUCUCCAGGCGCCUGUGUACCUCCCUCAGCUCCGGAGGAGAACACAAGAAGUUUAACGGGGCCGAAACUGAGCAGAUUAGGGGAGUAAGAGCGGAGGCUGGCCCGAGAGGGUGGGAGCCACCACCUCCUUCCGGCCAGAAAGGCAUUUCGGAAAGACCGGCGUGACAGAGGUGGCCCUGAAAUGUCUAGAGAGCCCGAGCAGUGAUGGUCUCUGAGUGAGCGGCACUGGUCAUAGCCUGGCCAGUUUGCGGGUGAGAGGGAUGCUAGCACUUAGAAAGGCAAGGAGGAAACUCAGGAUGGGGACCAUCUGCUCCCCCAACCCCAGCGGGACAAAGACAGCAUUGGAGGUCUGCAAUGCCGACUGGAUGGCCUCGCUCCCCCCUCACCUCCACGACGUCCCCCUUUCCAAUCUGGCAAUCCCAGGUUCCCAUGAUUCAUUCAGCUACUGGGUAGAUGAAAAGUCCCCAGUGGGGCCUGACCAGACCCCAGCGAUCAAACGCCUGGCCAAGAUCUCCUUGGUGAAGAAGCUCAUGAAGAAAUGGUCUGUGACUCAGAACCUGACCUUCCGAGAGCAGCUGGAAGCUGGAAUCCGCUACUUUGACCUGCGUGUGUCUUCUAAACCAGGGGACGCUGACCAGGAGAUUUACUUCAUUCAUGGGCUUUUUGGGAUCAAGGUCUGGGAUGGGCUCAUGGAGAUGGACUCAUUCCUUACACAGCACCCCCAAGAGAUCAUCUUCCUGGAUUUCAACCACUUCUAUGCCAUGGACGAGGCCCAUCACAGAUGCUUGAUUCUCCAGAUCCAGGAGGUAUUUGGAAACAAGCUGUGCCCAGCCUGCAGUGUGGAAAGUCUGACCCUGCUGACCCUGUGGGAGAAGAAGUACCAGGUUCUUAUUUUCUACCACUGUCCCUUCUACAAGCAAUAUUCCUUCCUGUGGCCCGGAAAGAAAAUUCCAGCACCUUGGGCAAAUACCACAAGUGUGCGCAAACUAAUUCUCUUCCUGGAGACCACCCUGAGUGAGCGAGCCCCACAAGGCUCCUUCCACGUCUCUCAGGCCAUUCUCACCCCCAGAGUGAACACCAUCGCCAGGGGCCUGGUGGGCGGCCUCAAGAACACUUUGGUUCAUAGGAAUCUUCCUGCAAUCCUGGACUGGGUGAAAAUUCAGAAGCCUGGAGCUAUGGGUGUCAACAUCAUCACAUCUGACUUCGUGGACCUGGUGGACUUUGCCACAACUGUCAUUGAGCUGAAUGACCUUCUACAAGAGGACAGAUCCUUGGCUAAAUGCUGACUUAAUUUUUUGUUUAAUUUAAUGUUGAAGUUGUUGAUUCAGGAUAGAGUUCUGAAGGUUUCUUAUGAAGAUGGCCCCUAGUCAGUGGUGGUAUAGUGAGUAAGGAGGAUAAGGGCUUUUUCAUUUCCUUCCUCACCGGGCCAUUUGGAUAAAAUUACAAGGCUUUUAAUUGCAUUUUUCCCAAAUGAGACUUAAAAAAAAAAACACUUUUAAGUCCAAGGGAUCAUUUUUAUGUGAUGAAGAUCAGCAUCUCCCCAGUGGCUUAUGUUGGUGAAUGGAUUAUGAAAAUAAGUUCUCCAAGUUCUACUGGAGUAUAGAAUUUCCUCUGACUGGCCUAGUUCCCUACUGUCUUCCAGGGUCUUGUGUUUGAGCCAUGGGAAUGCUAAACUAGAAGGGCAUUCCUGUUGAAAACAUGGCUAGUUAUUAUUGUGGACUGCCCUGCCUGGUACCUCUCACUUCAAUCUGGGGGUUCAGAGGGUAGGGCCCAGUACCAGUUCUCUCUAGGACUACUGGGUGUCACCACCUCUUGCCUGAGAGAGUGAGACCUACUUAUCACCACAGUAUUUCAGUUACCACUGUUCAUGCACGGCUUGUGCAGGUAACUGAUCACCUUGAUUCUUCAGAUAAACAGUACCCACUGCCCUUGGUAUCAGAAUAUGUUUCUCACUUUUAAAAUAAGGAUUCGUUUCUAUUUCUUUUGGCCCCUUCUUAAAAGUGAAAAGAACAAUAAUGGCAGAUCUUUUCACUGUGGGGCCCAACAAAAGACACGCAUGUUGGCUGCAUGCCAGAUUUCUUUGAUUUAAUGUAUUAGUUUUUUCCCAAAAUGACUGCCAGGUAAGCACCUGCAUCAUUUUGGCCAAGACCUCUUUGGAGUAGGGUCUUCCAGCCAGAUCUUGGAAUUGCACUUCAUUGUUGCCUGCCUAGACCCAGUGGGACACAGUGCUCAGUAGCAGGCACCCAUCCAUGACGCCAUGGAGGCUCUUCUGGGCUGUGUGGGAAAGUGCGAUGGCAUUAAACGAGGAAGCUCCAAGUGGCUUUGGAGCCAUUCUGUAACUCCUUGAAAACAAGACUACCUCGGGACAUUUAGGAUGACUUGUGUGUCAUCAAGUGAGAAAUACACAGUGUUGGAACAUUUCCAGUUCUGGUCAUGAUUGUUCUACUUUCUAUAGAUUGUUCUGAGCCUAUUUAUCACUACUGCAUGAGAGUUUUGAAACCCAAGAGGGGGGUUCUUUUUUAUUGAUAAGAGGUACUUGCCUAUAAGGAGACCUCUUGUAUUUUGGUUAAUUUAUUUAUAUAUUUAUUUAUUUAUAGAGUUAGUAUUUGCCAUGUUUUUUACCUCAGGAGCAUUCACAGAGAAGCUUAUUGACCUUUUGUUGCCCAGGACAGAUUCUACCAUGGUCUUCCUCCCUUUAGUAGGACCACACAUCCCAGGUUGCGAGUGAUCUCAGGCUAUGCUCUAAAUGUGCCCCCAACCCCGCAUACCCAAGCCUGCUGAGAGCACUAUGUUUGGAUGUAGUCCACAUUCAAGGAGCCACUACCAAGCCACAUCCUGGCACAGAAGAUGAAAUGGGUCUUGAAGAACUCUUCAGUUCUUGCAGUAGACUCUCCAGAAUUCUGGAAAGAAGGGAGCUAGAGAUAAAACUGGGCAUAGGGAUGUGGACAAUCUGAUGCCCCUCCACCCUAUCAGAAUUCCUAAGGAAGUAUUAGCUUCUGGAUUCUUAAGCGGGAAAUAAAAAUCUGGAAUCCUGAAUGGAUAUGCACAUUUAUAAAGAUCACUGGACCCUUCUCCCAGCAGUUUCUUAUUUCUGUCCUUUGUAUAGCCAGUUUUGCAUUUGUCUCAAUGGGGAGUAUCUUAGGUGAGCAACUAAAGGCACACACUUGCCCCCCAACUAUUGAUCUUCCAGUCUUUACUUCCUGUAAAGUAAUUUAGGCCCUGACUUUUUACUUCCAUGGCUCAAGGAAGUCACAACUCAAAUGCCUCUGGGAAAAUCUGGCUUAACUUGCCUUGUUCUUGCAUUUGAAUUGCUCCCCAAAGAGGUUUCUGGAAUAGUAAUGUCAAAUUCUGUGAGGCCUUCUCUGCGUAGUAAUGAGGAAGGGAGUGCCCUUACUUUUUCGAUUUUCCUUCAAGUCUGAUAUUAAACCUUGGUGACAAGCUCUGAAAUCCCUGGCCUACGCUCAAGAUUUUAUUUUUGUUCAUACUGUUUCAUUUUGAUUUUUUUUUUAAGUUCUUGGUCGAUUGCCAGGGACCCAAUUGGUUCCCCUCUUUUCACCCUUUGGUACUUGACAAAGAGAUAAGGAGGCAAGAGGUGAAUUAUACUGCUCUGUUUUAUUUGAGCCUCAGCUUUGUCCAGAUGUUUGGUGCUAUGAGGCCAGGUGUGUUGACAGGUAUCUGCACAGGACACCAGUGUCAUCCAGUGGCUGCCGACUGUUCAGUGAAAUGUUUACGUGAUUUUCUUCCUUAGUUUUUAAAUAUAUAGUUGCACUUCACUUGGAUUGUGAAAUUUAAGUGCACCUCAGUGUCUGCAUCCUAAGAGAAAAGUCACCGAGAGUAGCACAGGCACAGAAUGCUUCCAGGGUUGCAUGCUUGAAGCCCUGGUCUGUGUGGUGAGUGUGGGCACCCACUUCCUCAUGCUGCUGUGGGUGAUCAGCAGUGCUUGGAUUUGAAGUCUGCACAGAAGUCCUGGGAAGUCAGAGGAGGAUUGUUUAUGAUUUUCCCCUAAUUAAACAUGAAUCUUUGCCCCCAAGGAAGGCUUCCCAUGUGGUAAAGAAUGUGUGCUUUCUGCUCUUUAACCAUGAGGCCAAGCAGGAGAACUGAGGCACAUGGCACAGAGAGAAAACAGACUUUAGCUUAAUAACUCAUUCUGCAACAGCCAGCAGUAAGAACGUUGGCACAACCACAUCUCUUGUUCUCACAAGUUCUAUGAUCUUUUCUAAUCAAAACUGUGCUCUCACGUUUGCUCAGAUUUAAUUUCAAGUUUAGUAAAAAAAAAAAAGCCAUGUGACUGAGCCAGUGAGGACUUCAGUGAGUUUCACAGAAUCUGGGCUUAUAUUUAUUCUGAAAUUCAACUGAGUUUUCCUGAGCUCCAUGGACCGCUCCAACAUGGCCACAUCACCAUGAUUUUGUGGCAAAGGGUAUCAAGUAAGUUAAAGCGGUGUUACAAAGUUUGGAUUCAUGAGUAGAGAUCUUACUUAGACUGGAAGGAGAGGUCAAGGUGGAUCUGAUGGAAGGUACUGAUAAAUUACUAAGGAUUAUAGUAUUUUAUAAUAAUAGUACAUUUAAGAAGACAGUAUAAAAAUGUAUUUGCUAUAUUAAAUUUGAUAGUAAUUGUUUAGUUAUUUUCCUUAGUGUUGAGUCAAGACCCCUGAAUUUUGAGACUCCACAGUUCAAAUCCAGUAUUUUAUAUAAAUUCAAAGAAAAGCACAAGAUCUGAGCCUACGUAAUGAUGAAUCUUGCAACUCUGUUCUUUCAGGACUUCAUAGUCACAUAAAAAAUUUAUGUUUCUCUCUGAGACAGUAUAGUGCAACAUUCGGAAAUUAAAUGAAGCUUUCUGGUGUGUCAGGAUUUCCAUCUCUGAUUUUCUUGAUCUAACAAAUUGCUCCUAAAGAGGCAUGAUUCUAACCUAGCAAGAAUGCAUAGGAUAAAGCUAACAGUGGAAACAGAAGAAAUCCAGGCUGAAAUGGAGUGAUUUCUUUUUCCUGGGAAGCAAAAGGGCUCUAUACAAAACCAGGCCAUCACGGACUGAGUUCACGCCACGGUUGAAGCUUUGUAAUGUUACUCCUCUGUGGACUAGUGAACGGGGCAUAGCCAUGAGACUCCCCUCCCCUUAGCCGAGCAGGUGAUCCUGUGCUGUCAUCCUUAGUUCCUUCCUCUUUAAUAAAAAUACUGCUUGCUAUAUUAGUGCUGAGUGCUUUGCAAACCUCAGUUGACUAGUACCCUGAGAUAGGUGUCUAAUGUUUAGAUUAAAUACUUUGUAUUCAAGGGAUGUACAGUUGUAAUUCUUCCUUCUAGACAUAUAUUUGGAGAAUACUUUUUGGACUCAUUUCCCAAAAGUGUGGUGUAAGUUCACAGGACUUGACGAGGUAUGGUACCAUAUCUGGUCUGUACAAUGAAAUAUGCAGGGCUCAAAGAAAUCUACCAACAUGCAUGUGGGUUCCUUAGAUGCACGCUUUCCCAAUGCAUGCUAAAUAGGCUUGUGGUAAGAGGAAACAAAUAUAAAUUGACAGCAUUAAAUAUGCAAAUGGGCAGGAAGUCUAUGCUAUGGACUAGAAGGACAUGGCUAUCUCUCUAAAUUCCACUGACCUUCUAGUACAUCUUGGCCCUCUGCUUCAGGCUGGUCCCAUAGCUUUGUGGCUCACAAACGUUUCCUUGGGACACACAGGAGUGAACAGAUAAAAUGACAGGUGGUUUGCUGGGAAUCUUUACCCUUUUUUCCAGACACUUUGACUAGCUCUUUACUGCCCCCAAGAGAACCGCUAUCUCCUUAGCCUUAGACUCCCCAACCUUCUUAUUAGAAACAGUGACCUAGGAAUAUACACUAGAAAAUGUUAAUGAUUUUUCCUUAAAAUAGCACAGUCUUAUACACUGUGAAAAUAUUCUAAUGCUAUCCUGCUUUAAGGAUACAGUAUGUUAGCAUCUUUAUAGUAUUUUAGCACCUUCUCCAACAAAACUUGUUCUUAGAACUUUUCAAAUUCACUUCUUUUUCUUCAUUGAGUUUAUUGGUACAUUUUAGGUCUAUAAUACAGUUACAUUCAUCAUUGGGAUCUUGUACCUUUACAUGAUCAAAUUCACGUCUAAUGCAAAUAAUUUAGGUAAAAUAUUUCCCCUCUCUCUUCUGGGAGUCAGUCCCACAGCCUAUUAAGGAGCCCCACUGAUGGUCUAGAGGCAUUUUCUGUGUCCUUUCUUCCUAUCUUCUCAUAGGAUACUACUUUCUUCUGUCUUCUAGCCAUCCUCCAUCUCCUGCUAGUUACUUUUAAGCACAGGAUGAUAGCAGAAGACACACAUGCACUCCGCAAUAUCCAGCACCCUCUGUCACAGUGGUUGUUGGCUCCUUUGUCUUCUCAAAUGAAUUAUUCCACUUCUCACCCCUACUCCAGCAUUAGAACUGUACUUGACUGGAACCCAGAACUUGGGAUCAAUACUUAAAUCAAAAAGCACAGGUUUGCUCACAAGUUUCAGCCCAAUAAGAAGCACAGCACUUUGAACGGUCAAAUAUAGGCCUUUAGUAGCUCUCUGUACAUUUGCGAUUUUACAUCUGUUAUUAGUUCAUAGCACUAAUAACACUUCAAUUAAGAAUCAAUAGAUAGUAUCAAUAUGAUAAAUUUAGAACAUACGCAGAAGUAAUACUGCCUUGCUGCUAUUAUAUUAAUUUACACCACAAUAUUAAUAAAUAUUAAAUACAGAUCGUGUAUGCAUUAUUUAUAUUGUGUAUAUGCCAACUGCAACACUUAGCUUCACUGAUCAACACUUUAAAAAUACAGAAAUUGUCAUAGUGAAAAUAAGUCUUGGUCAAAUCAGAUAAUUUAUGUAUCUGAUAAAUACUAUAACAAGUAUUACAUUUUGUCUUCUAUUACUCAUUUACACUAGAGUGCAUGUUUACUAAGUUAAAAUAAUAAAUUAUAUCAAUUUAAAGUUAGGAUAAAAAUUUUGCAUAUGUACUGCUGAAUACUCUUAAAAUGUAUUGUGUGGCUUAAUUAUCCACACACAUUAAAUUUGUCCUUUUUCCCUUUAGGAUAUAAUUGUUCAAAUAUAUCUCUUCUUUCUUGUAACCUCGAUUAAACUGUUUAAUUCAGCCUAGAACAUUGUUAAGCUGAAUACCUCAUUUUAACUGUGAAAAAAUGUUAAUACAUACCAUGACAUAAUGUGUUUUCUUGUAUUUGAUUUGAAUGACUUAAAUGGGCUUCAAUCUAAUAUGAAAUAUAAAACUUUGAUCUGCAUUUUUCCUUUGUGUAAAUGAACAUUUUAUUAUUUGUCUACUUCUGACUUAAAGAGCUGUGGACUUGAUGUCAAUAAAAUACCUUAUUAUGCAAUAUUGGAUGAAAACCUUCUCAGUCCUGUCUAGCUACAAAUGCAUGCAGUCUCCAGCAGGAGCUGUGCAUGAAAUGUAUGUGUCCCAUGCUUUUCCAGGCCCAUCCUUAACACCUGUUAUCUACACUAAGCGUGCACCAGACCUUACUGAAGUCCGUAAUCUCAUUUGACCAUCAUGUCUAGCCCACAUUAAUUUGAGUUGUUGCCACCUGCCCAGA